AUCGAGGAGCUCUCCAGGUCGUCCCGGGAGAAGCUGCUGCAGUCCCGGGACAGGAUGUUCUCCAAGCUCACGUCCAUCCUGCAACAUGCCGUGGAGGCGCUUGCACCAUCUCUUCCGUUACAAGAAGAUUUUGUUUAUCACUGGAAGGCAAUUACCCAUUACUACAUAGAAACUUCAGAUGAUAAAGCCCCAGUGACUGAUACAAACAUCCCAUCCCACCUGGAACAGAUGUUAGACAUACUGGUCCAAGAAGAAAAUGAGCGGGAAUCUGGAGAGACAGGGCCAUGCAUGGAAUAUCUGCUCCAUCACAAGAUCUUGGAAACAUUGUACACCUUAGGAAAAGCCGACUGUCCUCCAGGAAUGAAGCAGCAGGUCUUGGUGUUCUACACCAAGCUUCUGGGAAGAAUCCGGCAGCCCCUGCUUCCACACAUCAACGUACACAGGCCUGUGCAGAAAUUAAUUCGACUCUGUGGUGAGGUCCUUGCAACACCAACGGAGAAUGAAGAGAUCCAGUUUCUCUGCAUCGUGUGUGCAAAGCUGAAACAGGAUCCCUACUUGGUCAACUUUUUCCUGGAGAACAAGUUGAAGUCCCUGACAUCCAAAGGAGCUCUGAGUGUCAUCUCAGAGGAAGGCCCAAAAGUUCAAGACCCCGUGUCAGGAGACGUCAGCCAGCCCCAGGAGCUGUCAGGUGCUACUGGGGUGGAGCACAUGGAGUCGGAGGAUGAGCCCACUCACCAGAUGGAUGAACUGUCUGCAAGUCUGGAUGACCUCAAUGUCACCUCACUGCCAGAGGCCUCUGCCAUCCGGCCAAACCAGGAUUACAACUUAGUGAAUUCUUUGUUGAACCUGACAAGAAGUCCCGACGGCCGGAUAGCUGUGAAAGCCUGCGAGGGCUUGAUGCUCUUGGUGAGCCUGCCGGAGCCUGCGGCUGCCAAGUGCCUCGCUCAGAGUGCCUGCCUCUGUGAGCUGCUGACCGGCAGACUCACCUCCCUGUACAAGGCCCUACCUCAGUCAGUGGAUCCCUUAGACAUUGAAACCGUGGAGGCAGUUAACUGGGGGUUGGACUCCUACAGCCAUAAAGAAGACGCGUCAGCGUUCCCGGGGAAGCGGGCCUUAAUUUCAUUUCUUUCCUGGUUUGAUUAUUGUGACCAGCUCAUCAAGGAGGCACAAAAGACUGCUGCUGUUGCUCUCGCCAAAGCCAUCCAUGAAAGGUUCUUCGUUGGUGUCAUGGAACCCCAGCUGAUGCAGACCUCUGAGAUGGGGAUUCUGACAUCCACGGCUUUGCUGCACCGCAUUGUUCGGCAAGUGACCUCAGACGUCCUGCUUCAGGAAAUGGUGGUCUUCAUCCUCGGAGAGCAGAGGGAGCCAGAGACUCUGUCAGAAAUUAGCAGACAUCCUCUAAGGCAUAGGUUAAUUGAACAUUGCGAUCACAUAUCUGAUGAGAUCAGCAUAAUGACCUUGAGGAUGUUUGAGCAUCUCCUGCAAAAACCCAACGAGCACAUUCUGUACAACCUGGUCCUAAGGAAUCUUGAAGAAAGAAACUAUACAGAGUACAAACCUUUAUGCCCGGAAGACAAGGACGUGGUGGAGAACGGGCUGAUAGCAGGAGCCGUCGAUCUGGAGGAAGAUCCAUUAUUUACUGACAUUUCACCAGAUAACACUCUGCCGAACCAAGAGUGGGUCUGCUCACCCCGCGCCAGCCCAGACCAUCCCAGAAAUGAUGGCAAGACGGAAGUGCAUAAAGUCGUCAACAGUUUCCUCUGUCUAGUGCCAGAUGAAGCAAAGUCCUCCUACCAUGUCGAGGGCACCGGCUACGACACCUACCUCCGAGACGCUCACAGGCAGUUCCGAGACUACUGUGCGGUCUGCUUACGGUGGGAGUGGCCUGGCACCCCCAAGCCCCUGGAGAAGUGCGACUUAGAAGCAGCCUUCUUUGAAGGACAUUUUUUGAAAGUUUUAUUUGACAGAAUGGGAAGAAUUCUUGAUCAGCCGUACGACGUGAAUCUGCAGGUGACCUCGGUGUUGUCCAGACUCUCCCUGUUCCCUCAUCCGCACACACACGAGUACCUUCUGGAUCCCUACGUGAACCUGGCCUCUGGCUGUAGGUCUCUCUUCUCUGUGAUUGUCAGGGUUGUUGGUGAUCUGAUGGUUCGGAUUCAGCGAAUUCAAGACUUCACCCCCAAGCUUCUCCUAGUCAGAAAGCGGCUGCUUGGCCUGGAGCCCGAAGGCCCCAUUGUUGACCACAUCACGCUGCUGGAGGGUGUGAUUGUGUUAGAGGAGUUCUGCAAGGAGCUGGCAGCCAUUGCCUUUGUUAAGUACCACGCUUCGGCCACGCCGUGAAGAGCCCAAGCCACUCGGCCACGAGAGGAUAAAAAGCCUUGUAAAUGAAGUAUCGAGUCAACUGCACAGAACGUUAAGAAUCCACUGCGUGACUGCUCUCAGUGAGGCCUGGCGUUGCUUCCACUUGCUCUGCCAUGAUGAUUCUCUGUAUGAUUGCACAUUGUUCAAACCCAGAAAACAAUCAAACUUGAGGAGAUGGAGUCUCCAGUGACUGAGAAGCUGCGGAACUUGUGAUGUCAGGACUCGGCUGAUAUUUCUCUUCUCUUAAUAUCGUUUUAGGCAGCAAAGCAUUUUGACAUUCUCUGGGACUCAAAUGCUUAUAUUCUUUUGUAUUAAUAAGCAGCAAAAAAAAUCACUAAUUUUAUAACUUUUUAAGGUCGAGAUUCUUAUCAUACAAAAUAUUUAGGAAAACUGAAUGAGGGAAACGCCGCUGAGAUACCAUCACAGGGAUCUGGAGGAGAGUCUGCAUGCAGACAGUGUCGACUCCUUCAGCUUUUGUAAGAAUAACAAUUUAAUAUGACAAAGAAAUUCUUAAUAUAUUAUAUAUAUUUUUAAAGAAAUGUUCUUUUACUCUUUUGUGCACAGCCAUAUCCGUGGUGGAUUUUCAUGCGUGGCUCCCAGUUUAUUUAAAGCUGUCAUUUUUGCAACAGCAUUGGGUUUAUGCUCACCAUUGGUAGUGUUUGCUAAAAUAGUAUUUUUUUAAGCUAAUUAACACAUGCCGGGUUGAGACCCCUCCAUUUCCUCUCUAAAAGUUGCUUUAUGAACUUGCUUUAUGACUGACGUCCGUACUGACGUGCGUGGCAGCGUUAGCGGGACCUGGCUCUGGAGCAGCAGUCGGCGUGCCGAGGGCCUCUCAGUGUUCACCGUUCUCUUUAUUAGGUUCGGUCUUUUGUCUUACGUGAUUCUAAAGAGAUCUUUUUUUUAAAGUCUCUUCAUGUUCAGUUUACACCUUAAAUGAUGUAAGGAAACAGAGCGUGUGAGUGGUACGGAUGCAGGGAUGUCUCCAUCAGCCAAGGUGCAGGUUACAGCUGCAGGACACAGGGACACCUUGUCCCCUUGUCUGUCCAGUCUUUAGGUGACUGAUGCCAGUCACUCAGCUGUGGUUCUGGAGCCGGUGUCCUUACUGAAGUGUUAAACAGCCGCACUUUGCUCUUCACCGGCCACUGGGGGAGACAGACGGUAGGAGGCAGUCACCAGCUGGGGGUGUUACUCCAUGGCUCAGAGCUUGUUUGACACUUUGCUCAGUCUUGUUUUACUAGUGUUUCAGAUUCAUUUUAUAGCUCAGUUUUGCUACUUAGGAACAAAAUACCAGAAUGUUAAUCAUUGUGAAAAAUAACAAAACUACUCUAUGUUUCUAACACGCUGCGAACCUUUCUCUGUUCCUUCAAGAAAUCCGUUAAGACAGACCAUACGCGAACCAGAGCGGGAGAGAGGCAGCGGUUCCCUUCGUGGCCUCCCUUCCAUGGCUCUGAGCGUUAAGCAGUGGUUCCCUUUGUUGUAUUUGUUGACUAGUUUCUGUAAGAAUCCCCACAGCUCCCCCAUCUUCGGAUGUUGCUACUGUCUACUUGGAUAGUGGAUUUGAGAUAAGGCAUUGAGAGGUAUCAGGUGUCUCUUAAUGCUCUCACAAUGCUCUGUGGGUACCAGUAGGUGAGCUCCAGACCAAAUACUCAUCCCUCGACUCACAGCUGGACCUAUGGUAAGCCACGUGUUGAGCUCGGCAAAGCUUUACCUCUGGGUGUUUGCUGCCCCCGAGGACAUGCGCUUUUCCUGCACAGUCAUGAUGACCUUGCCCUGUAGCCAGCUAGCAAUAGCCUGUUUCUCUUCCAAGGUUAAUUUCUUUUUUCAUAUUUAAUUCAGACCCAGAGUCAGCACAAGUCACGGAACUGAGUUUGAGUUGAUUUAAGGAAACCACGAGCCACAUCUAAGGUUUUUCUCACAGUCUCAGAGAUUCGAGGAUUUCUACUGACUGUGUUGGGUAGGAAGUACCACCUUAGCAAGUGGUUGCCAUUGCUGAGUUCCAAACUGAAUUCCAGCCUGCUUCAUGUUUGUAUAAAUAAGAAGGAAGCAUGCACAUUUUUUUUUCAACUUUCUAACAAUGUAGUCUUUGGUUUAUUUUCAGUAAUGAGCCAUUUUUCACUUGACAAAAUCAGAUUUGUCUUCGCCAGUCUUUAUUGUAAUGCUCACAUAAGUGUGUAAUGUUCUCAUAAGAUAUCUGUGCAAUAUGAAACUGUGGGUGGAUUCACAGCUUUCAGCCUAACUGUAUAUUAUUGUGUGUACAUGUGUGUAUAUAAACAUGUGUAUAUGUGUAUAUAUAUAUAUCUAUCUAUAAAAGGACCAAAAUCCUUAUAGCUUGCUUACACUGUUGCUAAUGUAAAGAUUGUUACAUUUAAUUUUACAGGGCACAAAUUAUAGAACUAAUUCACAUUUUUCUGGUAAUGUCUCCAUAAGUUAUUACAUUACUAUAUAGUUACCAUUGAAUUAUGAAGGUUACGGUGUAACAGAAGAAGUUACGGUGAAAUGCCAAACCACAACCUAUUGUAAUUUUACAUUUUGGGUUGAACAAUAAAGUAAAAUAUGCAUGUCAUCGUAACACUUAGAUAAUCACCUUCCGGGCCCUGUAAGAUACUGUCACUGAUACUCUGUUGGCCUCCUGCCUUGUUUACAUUAAACAGGAUAUUUGGCGUAUUUUUCCACUAGCACUAUGUAGGUCACUAGCAGUGUUCUGAAGGUCUGGAUUCCUGGACCACUGAUGAGGAAGCUCUUGAGGUGACUGUGUGCCUACUGUCCCCUCCAGGCAGGCGGGGAUCAGCUUCAGCUACUAUGCUAACAGUGCAUGCAGGACGAAGAGGGAAAUUAAGAAAAUAAAUCGAUGUAACUUAAACCAAA